CUGUCUCCUUUUCUCGCCCUUUGCGACGUCAGUGGGAAUUUCCAGCUAGGAAGUGAGAGGGAGGAGGCGAGGCGAGGCGAGGCGAGGCUGCAGGGGCGGGCUCGGCAGGGCACCGCAGUCCGCCCGCUGGCUGCUGACACCGACGGCGCGCCCGCCGUACCUUUUGUUUUCCUUUUUUUGCCGUGGCUUCCCAGGAAGGCGCCGCGAGCCAGUGGGAGCCUCGUGAGCGCCUCCACCGCUCCUCCUCUUUCGGAGCCGCUGCGCGGCGAUGGCACGCCUCUGAUCUGGCAUCUCUGGGCGCGCUCCGGGCUUUGGCUGUCCCCUCGCGGCGACCUUGGUAGGGGUCUUUUCCACCCAACCGUGCGCCAAGGCGAGGGGAGAAGGGGGCGAGGACCAACGCGGCGCCCGGCCUCGAGCUGUGAGAAAUGGCAAAUGAGAAUGCAUACGUCUUGGGAGAGCAUCAGAUGUUUGGAAUGGACCAGUACAUGGGGAUGAUCAAUAAUAAUGUGCUGAUCAAUAAUGAUGGAAUGAUUACAUCUGAUCUACCAAUUCGUACAGCUGAUGGGCCAUACCUUCAAAUUGUUGAGCAACCUAAGCAGAGGGGAUUUCGUUUCCGAUAUGUUUGUGAAGGACCAUCACAUGGUGGACUUCCUGGAGCUUCAAGUGAAAAAAACAAAAAAUCAUAUCCUCAAGUUAAAAUCUUCAAUUAUGUUGGUCCCGCAAAAGUAAUUGUUCAGCUGGUCACAAAUGGAAAACAGCCCCAUCUGCAUGCUCACAGCUUGGUGGGGAAACACUGUGAAAAUGGAAUAUGCACAGUUAAUGCAGGACCAAAAGAUACUGUGGUAGGCUUUCCAAACUUGGGAAUAUUGCAUGUUACAAAGAAGCGAGUGUUUGACACACUAGAAGCACGCAUGAUGGAUUGCUGCAAAAAAGGCUACAAUCCGGGACUUCUUGUGCACCCUGAACUGAGCUACAUACAAGUGGAAGGUGGAGGGGAUAGACAGCUCACAGAGCGAGAAAGAGAACUCAUUCGCCAGGCAGCACUUCAGCAGACAAAAGAGAUGGACCUCAGUGUGGUGCGGCUGAUGUUCACGGCUUUCCUUCCUGAUAGCACCGGCAGCUUUACAAGAACCCUUCAUCCUGUCUUAUCUGAUCCUAUAUUUGACAGCAAAGCUCCCAAUGCUUCCAACCUAAAAAUUGUGCGAAUGGACCGGACAGCUGGCUGUGUGACAGGAGGAGAAGAGAUUUACCUUCUUUGUGACAAAGUUCAGAAAGAUGAUAUUCAGAUUCGUUUUUAUGAAGAAGAUGAAAAUGGUGGUGUCUGGGAAGGGUUUGGAGAUUUUUCCCCUACUGAUGUGCACAGGCAGUUUGCUAUAGUAUUCAAAACACCCAAGUACCGAGAUGUCAAUAUCAUAAAACCAGCAUCUGUUUUUGUCCAGCUACGGAGAAAAUCUGACCUGGAGACAAGUGAACCAAAGCCUUUUCUGUAUUAUCCUGAAAUCAAAGAUAAGGAAGAAGUGCAGAGAAAACGACAGAAGCUUAUGCCUAACUUUUCUGAUAGUUAUGGUGGAAGCGGAGCAGGUGCUGGAGGAGGUGGAAUGUAUGGAGGAGGAGGAGGAAAUGGUGGCGGUGCCGGAUCAGGUUAUGGAUACCCACCAUAUGGUUAUUCUGGUUAUGGAGGAAUGCACUUCCAUUCCAACUCAAACAAGACCGGUGCUGGAAUGAAACAUGGAAUCUCAAGCAACGAAUCUAAAAGGGAGGAUGGUGAAAGUUGCCUGAAGAGCAGUAAAAAGCACAGUGUGAAAUUCAAGGAAAAAGUAGAAGCUGAAGAAGGAAGCAAAAUCGGAAUUUGCACUGCUGCCAAUCCAGAGGACACGGAGAUUAGUAUACGAGAUAGUUUCUUUUUGGAGAAGGCUGUAGAACUUGCUAAGCGUCAUGCCAAUGCCCUCUUCGACUAUGCAGUAACGGGAGACGUGAAGAUGUUACUGGCUGUUCAGCGACACCUUACCACAGUCCAGGAUGAAAAUGGUGACAAUGUCCUUCACUUAGCAAUUAUUCAUCUUCACGUGGAGCUGCUGAGAAACCUCUUAGAAGUAAUAGCAGACCUGAAUGCUGACGACGUUCUCAACAUGAGAAAUGACCUGUACCAGAGUCCUCUACACUUGGCUGUCAUCACAAAACAGGCAGGAGGGGUAAAGGCCUUGCUGAAAGCUGGGUCAGAUGUGACUCUUUUGGAUCGGCAUGGGAAUUCAGUCUUGCAUCUGGCGACCAAACAAGGGGAUGAGAAGGUAUUGAAUGUUCUGCUUCAUCACAAAGAGGCAUCUCUGAUGAAAGACCUUCCUAAUGGUGAAGGUCUGAAUGCUGUCCACCUAGCUGUACUGGCUAAUAGCACGUCUUGCCUCAGACGCCUCAUUGCUGCUGGAGUUGAUGUCAACGCCCAGGAACAAAAAUCUGGGAGAACUGCCUUGCACCUGGCUGUCGAACAAGGAAAUAUCUCUUUGGCAGGCUGCCUUCUGCUUGAGGGUGAUGCCAAUGUUGACAGCGUUACGUACGAUGGGACCACUCCACUUCACAUAGCUGCUGGAAGGGGUUCUACAAAACUAACAGCGCUUCUCAAAGCUGCAGGUGCAAAUCCCUACAUUGAGAACUUUGAGCCACUGUUUGAACUGGAAGACGGGAAUGAUAAAGACAGUGACGAUGAAGAGGCUACCCCACGAGCAACACCUUUAGACAUGGCAACGAGCUGGGAGGUGUAUGAUAUCUUGAAUGGCAAACCCUGUAAGUCAAAGGUGGCUUCUGAUGACCUUUUGACACAAGGGAAUAUGAAAGAACUGAGCGAGGAUGUUAAAUUACAGCUUUACAAGUUGCUCGAAGUACCUGAUCUGAACAAAAACUGGUCCAUGUUGGCUCAAAAAUUGGGCCUGGGGAUACUAAACAAUGCUUUCCGAUUGAGUCCUUCUCCAUCAAAAACUCUUCUGGACAAUUAUGAGGUUUCUGGAGGUACAAUAGGAGAGCUGGUUGAUGCCUUGAGAGACAUGGACUAUCCAGAAGCUGCUGAAAUUAUCCAGAAGGCAUUGUCCGUCUCAUCUAGUCAGCCCCGCCAAGAGGAGACGAAAGGUGAAAUCUGCAGUCCCAAAUUCCAAGACACUGAAAGCAUUUGUGACAGUGGUGUAGAGAUCUCCCUCCGCAAACUCAGCUUUACAUUUUCUGAGUCUUUCACCAGCGAGUCACCAGUGACACUUACAAAACUGGACCCAGGAUACAGACAGGACAACUUACUACAGGGCAAAAUUGAAGCCACUUAAUGACCUGAACUGCCCAAGUAAAGCUCUCUGCAGAGAAAAGAGAAGCAGUGUCUUUAUCUUUUAAAAAUCCAAAAUGCACUAGGACAGUGGUUCUCAGCCUUUUUCACUGAUGUAUCCCUUGGCAACCCAUUUCCCUAAAAUUGUACUCCCAUAUUCCCCAUUAUGUAAUUUUCUUGCGAACCUCCAAAAUGCUGUGGCACAUACCCAUAGGUUAGGAACCACUGCACUAGAAGAAAAAGCAGGAUUUUUCAACAAAAAGCGGUUGGCUUCUUAUGAAGUGAGAAGAUCUGGAUUAGCAUUUGAGAGUAUUUUCUUGUUUCCGAAGAUCUUCAUUAGUAAUAUAAAUUUAAACUGCCUUCUUGCUGUUCAGUGAAAGUUACAUAAAAGACAUUGACAUUGGUCCAAAGCUGUGAAGCACAAAUUAAUCACAGAAAGUGAUCAAGUUAGAUACGCUGGGAAGUAAAAUGUAUAUUUUAGUAAAACGUAUUUAAAUUUUCAUUCGUUGCUCAUAAAGUGAUUCAAGCACAAGCUUUUUUAUCAUACUGUUUUAGAAUCUCUAUUUUGUAAAUAUGUUGGGGGUUCGAGUAAAUACUGUUAAGAAAAAUUGCUUUUUAAAAGCUUCGUUUUUUUAUUUUACUUUUAUAAUAAAAAAGCAAAACAGAA